AUGAUAUUUGGCGCAAGACAUCUGACCACCGUUAUCAUGGACGCGAAACGACGCCCUCCUCGUUAUUACCAAGAAGCCAAAAAGGAAGACUUUGUUAUUGUCCACGAUGAGACGAAUCCGCGCGUUGCUCAUGAUAACUACGUCGAAGAGGACAUCGUCGGCCUGAACGGUAUGGUCGAGUACGCAGACGUUCUGAGAGCCUCCGAAAAAUUACGCCAAAUAUGCGAACUUCCUAUGGAUUCGAACCCACGAAAGGCUGUUAGAGCCGGGAAAUCAUUUGACAGAUUCGCAGCAGCUCGAGCUUCCUUGGAUGAAGCCUUGAGAGAGGACGUAGGCACUCGACCACCUGGUGAGAGAGAGCAGAGAAUCCAUAAUGCUCGCAAGGAAUGGCAAGAUGCCCGCGCCGUUUUGAGAUGGGCUAUAUUCUGUCUUACGAGCCCUGAAGAGGCAACCGACGUCGAGGAUCGCUCCUACGCAAGGGAUGUAUGGCACCAACCGUGGGAGGAAUUGAAUAUUGAUAGCGAUGCCCAAGAGACACUUCCAGAUCCUUACACUGGCUCUGGGCCCAAAGCCCCUGGCUAUGGCCCCAAGCUUUUGUCAUAUAUGUUCUUGGCUGGAGAAUUAGUCUAUGAAUUAACUGUUAGAGACAUCAAGAGACAGCUGGGUUACCGUUGA